UAUGCAUUCUAACCACAACCGUGUUGACAUCGGUUUAUGAUAACUGACGGGCGUUGUGUGUUUCUAUAAAACUAUUUAAAUAUUAUUUAAUGGCUGGAAGAUUACCGGCGAUUGUCAUAGACAAUGGAACAGGAUAUACAAAGCUUGGAUUUGCUGGCAAUAGGGAACCACAGUUCAUUAUUCCUUCUGCUAUAGCAAUAAGAGAAACUGCAAAAAUAGGAGAUCAAGCAAUAAGGAGGUUAGGUCGUGGCAUAGAUGAUUUAGAUUUUUACAUUGGAGAUGAAGCUAUUGAUUCUACAGGAUAUGCAGUCAAGUACCCUAUUCGCCAUGGUAUUGUAGAAGACUGGGAUUUAAUGGAACGAUUUUGGGAACAGUGUAUUUUUAAAUACCUUCGAGCUGAACCAGAAGAUCAUCAUUUUUUAUUGACAGAACCUCCUUUAAAUACUCCAGAAAACCGAGAGUAUACUGCUGAAAUAAUGUUUGAAUCAUUUAAUGUUCCUGGAUUGUAUAUUGCUGUUCAGGCAGUAUUAGCUUUAGCUGCAUCCUGGACAUCCAGGCAGAUGGGAGAGCGAACUUUGAAUGGCUUAGUAAUUGAUUCUGGUGAUGGUGUUACUCAUUGUAUUCCAGUGGCUGAAGGAUAUGUUAUUGGAAGUUGUAUAAAACACAUUCCAAUUGCUGGUCGCAACAUUACUUACUUUAUUCAGAGCCUAUUGAGGGAAAGGGAAGUUGGUAUUCCUCCUGAACAGUCAUUAGAAACAGCAAAAGCCAUUAAGGAAAGGUUUAGUUAUAUAUGCCCAGAUAUAGCUAAAGAAUUUGCAAAGUAUGAUCAAGAACCAAGCAAGUGGAUGAAAAAGUAUGAGGGUAUAAAUGCAAUCACACAACAACCAUUCUCUGUUGAUGUGGGUUAUGAGCGUUUCUUAGGUCCCGAGAUAUUUUUUCAUCCUGAGUUUGCAAAUCCUGAUUUCAUGGUUCCAAUAUCAGAAAUAGUCGACACAUGUAUUCAGAGCUGUCCUAUCGAUGUGAGGAGACCUUUGUAUAAAAACAUUGUUUUGUCUGGUGGUUCGACAAUGUUCCGUGAUUUUGGUCGAAGAUUACAACGUGAUAUUAAGAGAGUUGUGGAUGCAAGAUUGAAACUUAGUGAAACACUUAGUGGUGGACGAAUUAAGCCAAAACCUAUUGAAGUUCAAGUCAUUUCACAUCAUAUGCAAAGAUAUGCUGUUUGGUUUGGUGGCAGUUUAUUGGGAUCGACACCAGAAUUUUAUCAAGUUUGCCAUACCAAAGCUGCAUAUGAGGAGUAUGGGCCAAGCAUCUGUCGCCACAAUCCUGUUUUUGGUGCUAUGACAUGAAAUUUACAUUGCAAUAUAAAGAAGAGAGAGACUUACUUGAAUAUGUUUUGUAAUAUAUUUUACAGAAAUAUGAAGUACUGCUUCUGAGAUUAUUGUUAGCUUCCACUAUGGACUGUGAUGUGUAUAACGAAAGGAACAAAUUUAUUUAAAAAAUUCCAAUUAACAUUUAUUGCUCACACUGUUUAAUAAUAUGUGCAUUUUAAAAAAAAAAAAAUUUGUAAUGCUACUUUUUAUAAAUAGAUAAGAUUAUUGAAUAUAAAUCUGUUGAUUCUGAAGUAAUCUUGAAAUCAGAUAAUGUUAUUUUGUUUUUGUAAUUUUUAUUUCCUAUUUAUUGAAAUUAAUUAGAAAUAAAUUUUGUUUUCAUUAUAC